AUGCCGCCGCCGUCUUCCGCCCAGCAGAAGGUGCUCAUCGCCCAGUUUGUAUCCUUGACUGGUGCCACAGAGCGUCAGGCUACUCGUUUCCUCAAGAAUGCAAGCUUCAAGAUUAACGAAGCCGUCGAUACUCCAAAUAUGAAUUGGGAGGGUGUUAAGAGGCGUAUCGCAACCCGCGUUAUUCCCACCUUGUCCCUAUCCAAAAAGUCCAGCAAAGUUGGUCUUGGGACGUCUUACAAGGGGUCACCCGCAGAGACGUCCAACAAGUCGAAAGCGCGGUACUUUUCCUCGGACGGAAAUGGCAAGGGACCAUCACCAGUCGAGGCCAAGUUGGAAUCCUUAUUCGACCAACUGCAGGACAGUAACGAUGAGAAGGACAAGUUGGAGCUUGACUCCACUAUGGCUUACCUCACCGAGAAGCUCAAGAUCAACAUCGAGAACGCAGAACUACUUGUAGUCCUAGAACUUCUCCAGGCACCCUCGGUGGGAAUGAUUACCAGGAGGGGAUAUGUUGAUGGAUGGAAAAACACUGGAGCUGGAGCAACACACCAGGAGCAUGCUGCCCAUCUUCGACGACUGAUUUCAUCCCUCUCCUCCGACCCCACCUUGUUCAAGAAGGUAUAUCGGUACGCUUUCGUUGCAGGACGAGAACCCGACCAGAAGGCCCUCGGCCUGGAGAACGCUCUCGUCUACUGGGACAUCUUGUUUGCCUCUCCCGGAAUGGAGUGGAAGACUGCGAACCGCGACUGGCUAGACUUGUGGAAGUCCUUCCUCAAUGCAAAGUGGACCCGGUCUGUUAACAAGGAUAUGUGGAAUAUGACGCUCGAGUUUGCCGUCAAGUCUCUGUCAGACGAGUCACUAUCUUUUUGGAACGAGGACGGUGCGUGGCCAAGUGUCAUCGAUGACUUUGUCGAAUGGUGCCGCGAGAAGGGUAUCGGUAAGGCUGACGGCAUGGAUGUUGACGACAAUUGA